AUGUUGAUCGGUAUCAACUUCACGGAUCCGAUAUACCGUGGUGAAUAUCACGGCACUAAGCGUCACGAAGAUGAUUUCGAAGACGUCAUACAGCGAGCCGUCGAUGCUGGAUGCAAGAAGUUCAUGGUAACAGGUUCCGAUCUCGAGGAAUCCAAACAUGCUGUCGAAAUAGCGAAAGCGCACCCAGGGCUGUGCUAUGCAACGAUUGGUGUACAUCCUUGCUCAGCAAAACAGUUCGACACGCACCCUGGAGGCUCGUCUGAACUGCUCUCUGCGCUGAAAACCCUUGCGCUUGAGGCCAAGGAAGCAGGAUAUGCAGUUGCUUUUGGAGAGAUAGGUCUUGAUUAUGACCGCCUGUUUCUAACGCCAAAGGAGCCGCAGUUGAAGUACUUUGAGGCACAGCUGGCGAUUGCAAUUGAGGUCCAGCUACCACUGUUUUUACAUUCGCGAGCCGCGAGCGAAGACUUUGAGAAGCUCUUGACCGCGAAACUGGAUCAACUGCCGAAACGAGGUUUGGUUCAUAGCUUUACUGGCACAGCCGAGGAGAUGCAGCGUCUUGUUGGCUUGGGUUUUGACAUUGGAGUCAACGGAUGCAGCAUGAAAACUGACGAGAAUAUCGCGGUGGUUAAACAAAUACCGCUUGAGCGCCUGCAGAUUGAGACUGACGGUCCAUGGUGCGAGAUGCGACCCAGUCAUGCAUCAGCCAAGUAUUUGCAAGACGCGCCUCCGUUACCCAAGGCGGUCAAGAAGGAGAAGUUCGCCAAAGGUAUGAUGGUCAAGGGCCGCAACGAGCCGGCUACAAUACCACACGUGGCAUAUGCGAUUGCAAAGAUCAAGGAAGUUACCGUGGAGGAGGUCUGCGACGCUGCUUGGAAGAAUUCGGUCAAGAUGUUUGGACUUGGCAAAACGGCGUAA